GCGCAACAAGUAAAUAUCUACCACCUCGGACAGUUCAUUCAAGAGCAUAUAUCUCCUUUAUUUGUCCCGGCGGUGCGCCUUGCAAGAAGUACUCUGAACGAGAGACGUAGUUGGGAAAAAUAUAAUAUUUUGAAACUAGCUACUACGUCGAAACAAAAAUGGAGAAACAAGUUGAGAACACCGACUUCUAUGCGAACUACCACGGGCACACCGUGAACGAUCAUAUUAUAUGGAGACAACGGCGAUUAUAUGGAGGACAACGGCGAUUAUAUGGAGGAAGAUGAAAACACGCCGCAGCACACGAUCAGGAGUGGUUAGCAUCCGGCCACCUCGUACUUCGAAAAAACUUCAAAAAGACUUCAAAGAUGAGUUCAGUGCGAGUUCAAUACGAACGCCGACAAAAUCCUAUAUUUACCAUAAAGUCAUUUGACCUGUUGCAAAAUCGAAGAGAGCCAGCGUCUCUGUCGAAAGUCAGCUGACUUUGCGUGGAGUUUGCAAUAACUCAAAUGACUUUUUGCGGAAUUUGCACCAAAAAAAGUCAAUUGACUUUGUGCUAAUUUCAUGAAAAGUCAAAUGCCUUUUCCUGAAUUCGGCUCAUUUCAAAGACAGGCAGCAAAAGUUUGAAGAAUGUGCCCAAUUUUUUUGCAGAAGUCAGUUGACUUUUCUGGAAAUUAGCAUAAAGUCAAUUGACUUUUUUUGAUGCAAAUUCCGCACAAAGUCAUUUGACCUUACCUGGAAGUUGUCAGAAGUCAAGUGACCUGCGCCCUUUUUGAAGUCAACGGAUUUGGGCAAAUUAUUGAACUCGGAUUGAACUCGUAAUGAACUCGCUUUUGAGCUCGUGCUCCGGUCUUUUUGAAAACUCUAAAAGUACGAGGUGGUCCCGUGCUAAGAGUCCCGGACAACGGCUAAGAGUCUAAAAGUACGAGGUGGUCCCGUGCGAAGUACGAGGUGGUCCCGGACAACGGCGAUUAUAUGGGGGAAGAUGAUGAAAACACGCCGCAGCACACGAUCAGGAGUGGUCCUUCGCAAAGUCAUGGACGAAAUAAAGGCGCCCGGACCCGGAGGACCUCCAACGAGGUGUCAAUGUCGCCGUCGGACCAGGAAACCGUAGCACCGGAAGAAGAGGAUAGCCACUACGUCGAGGAGGAAGUAGACUACAGCAGUCCGCGCCAAACACAGCAGGACCAUUUAUCCCCCCGAGCUGCUGAAAGACGACACGGAAAUUGACUUCCAAGACACGACGGGCAACAUGGUUUACCAGUUUCUCGUAGUGACCCAAGAAUCGCUGGACGAAGAGGUAGCGGAUGCGCUGCGAAGAAAAGCCGUGGAGAGGUUGGAGAAGCAAAAGGACAACAACUUCAUGACAUGGAAAAACGUCUACGACAUAGACCAUUUGUCAGGUUCUCCACUCAACGCACCAUCGCAUUAUGUUUACGUUCCACCGGGAGUUUCUGGAAACAAUGGCAAUCCAGUGGUGACGCCCGAGAACCUCCACACUCUGCCAAUCAGCCAGUUAUCUUUUCUGCCCGCGGUAUGGGAACAAUAAAGAAGCAUCAUGACAAUCAUUUUUCUUUGCAAGUUUGGCAUUUGUGAGGCAUCCAAGAAAUUUCUUGUUUGGCAGAACCACACCUAAAGUUUGAGUUUAAAGCUUUUCCAGAAUUUGAAUUUAUCGUAUUGCAAAAGCAAAAAUGCGCAAGAAACGUGAUUGCGAUGGUGUUUUUUUCUUGGAUAUGCAAUCAGAGUGCGCAACUUCGAGGAGGACUUACUGGUCCGUCCCGGCGAGCCCGAUUUGAAGUGGAUCCAGCGAACGGGGGACCUGCUCCUCAAACUGUCGCUGGACGAGGCGCGGAGCUUCGUGUACGACGGUUGGUGCGUCCGCAUGUACGAAAUGAACAAAGACCUGUUCAAGCUUGACCAAAUGAAGCGGUUCCUGGAGUUUCGCCCCGGGGACGAGCGGACCAUCCUGCGCCUCUGCGAGGGUCUGCCCCUCUGCCCGCUUGGGUUUCCCUCGGAGGAGCUGCAGCGGAUGAUGCUCUCCGGGUUCCUAUGCAUUUUUGCAAAGUAACGUCCUAGUAUAAAUUGCAUGUACAAAUUUCGGCAAGAAGAAAAGUGGAAUUUGUAAUGCUGUUUCACCGUAGGAGGAAGAUUUGUCAUGCAUAUUUGCAAUUAGUACGAGUGCGAUACUUUUGCACAGCAUAGCUCCACCGGAAUCACAAUUUGAAUCUGCUGAUCGCCCUGUUGGAGCUGCCGGCGAGUGAGUGGUCCAAACACGAGCAGGAGUUGAAGUGUCGGUGGUUCUGCCCAUUCUACCGGGAAGAUUUCGCGGAAUGGGUGGUGGCCGGGUGUCUCGCCAGCAUCAUCAGCUACGACCAGGCCACGCGUCACCCGGCGCCGGACAUUCUGCGACUCUGGCAGGUCGCGCGGAAGGCCGCAGGGUAUCCGGAGUAUUCAUGUACUACUUUCGCGUAG